ACUAGAGGGAAGAAGACACAUUGCUAAAUGGAGGUUCCCUCUAUCCCAUCAGCUAAGAGUUAGUAAUUAAGUUUAUAAGAGUCAACCUAACAAAAGCGUCAACAUGACUAUAGUUGUGUUUGCUGCAGUCACUCAUUAGGUUGUUAGUAUUCAGAUUUGAUCAGGAACUAUGUUUUUACACUCUGCCACGAUUUGUACUGACCUGGUGCAGCAGGCAUCUGUGAUCUCUAAUCUCUUUUGAUAUGUUUCUACUGCAGACAGUUAUGCAUGCUGCCCCACUCUUCUCGUUUUGAGAUCACAUCACGUUUAUGAAAAUCCUUUUCCCAUGCAGGUUUUCCUGUCUUUCCGUUGCAAUAACUAUUACAGUACACUAGCCCAAUGUCAUUUUAGAGACCUACAGUGGAAUGAUAAUCUGUUGUUUGGGGCCAUACUGACUUGUUAUCAAACUAAUUCCCCAUGUUAAGGCUGCUGUAGUGGCCAGAGUGUAUUAAUGACGUUUCCCUCCAAACACAGCUGUGUUCAUAUUUCCUUGACCAAAUUGAUAUGUAGGAAUAUUUAUUAAACUGACUCCUCCUAUGCUCUGAAUGUUUUCCUGUUGUAACAAUAUGAACCAGUCUCGAGUCGAGAAAGAAGGGUUUGAUUGCACUUGUAUGUACUUGUAGCCUAGGUGAAGUGAAGGCCAAACUUUAGGACUGUUGGCUGCCUGCGUUCAGGUUUCUGGACAGGGGAGGUAGGUUGGAGCUUCGUCAAGUUACAUAGCUACUGUCAGAACGGAGCUCACACCUUCGAAAUAAAAGCGACCGCAGUUUGUUAGAAAUUAAAGAUUUUGUAGGUAAACAUUAUGACCAAUAAAACAUUUUUAUGAGUAUUUAAUAAAAAACAUAUAUCUUAAUUUUGCUUUUAGUUUUGGCCUGCUAAAGAAAUGUCGAACUUGGACAUUAAGAAGUAUUUUACUUUGAAAGACCAGCCGGAAGUCGUGUUUUUUUUUUCAGUUAGGCUAGCUUUUCAGGUGCCAAAGUAGUUGGCUAAGGCGGAAGGAGGAGUCCGGGGCAGUCUGAGGGGGGACAUCAUGUAGUGUGUUCAACACAGACUGUGAAUACAAAUAUUUAGACCUCCGUUUAUUCAUCUGGAAUCACAUCAUUGUGUUGGUAACAUCCAACCGACAUCAUGUUCAUGCGCGGAUCUAAAAAGCGACGAUCGAACCGCUCGCAGGAGGAAGAGGACCCAGACAGAGGGCAGCCCUGUACGCGCUGUGGGGACAAGUGCCCCGGCUUCCGUGUCCACGGCUGGAGGAAGAUCUGUGUUCACUGCAAGUGCGUUCGAGAGGAGCAUGCCGUGCGCUCGGUGCCGGGCCAGCUGGAAAAGAUGAUGACGAAGCUGGUAUCAGAUUUCCAGAGACACUCCAUCUCCGACGAUGACUCGGGCUGCGCCUCCGAGGAGUACGCAUGGGUCCCACCUGGGCUCAAGCCCGAACAGGUAUACCAGUAUUUCAGCUGCUUGCCAGAGGACAGGGUGCCUUAUGUGAACAGUUUAGGGGAGAGAUACCGAAUCAAACAACUGCUGCACCAGCUUCCAGCCCACGACAGUGAGUCCCAGUACUGUAACACUCUGGACAACGAGGAGAAGAAGGAGUUGCGUUUGUUCAGUCAGCAGAGGAAAAAAGAGAACUUGGGCCGAGGCGUCGUCAGACUCUUCCCAGUAACUAUGACGGGAGCCAUCUGCCAACAGUGCGAGAGGCAGAUCUGCGGUGGAGACAUAGCGGUGUUUGCCAGUCGGGCAGCAAAGAGCAGCUGUUGGCACCCUCAGUGUUUCCAGUGCGCCACCUGCAGCGAGCUGCUGGUCGAUCUCAUCUACUUCUUCCAGGAAGGACAGAUCUACUGUGGCCGGCACCACGCUGAGAGGCUGAAGCCGCGCUGCCAGGCCUGCGAUGAGAUUAUUCUGGCGGAUGAAUGUACGGAGGCAGAGGGAAGAUACUGGCACAUGAAACACUUCUGCUGUUUUGAGUGCGAGGCUGCGCUGGGCGGUCAGCGAUACAUCAUGAGAGAGAGCCGACCGUACUGCUGCUGCUGCUACAAGUCCCUGUACGCAGAGUACUGCGAUACCUGCGGCGAUCACAUAGGUAUCGAUCAGGGUCAGAUGACAUACGAGGGUCAGCACUGGCACGCCGUGGAGUCGUGUUUCUGCUGCGCCCGCUGCCAGCUGCCUCUGCUGGGGCGCCCCUUCCUCCCUCGAGCGGGGCUCAUCUUCUGCUCCAGGCCCUGCUCGCUGGGCGAGGACCCCAAUAACUCCGACUCCUGUGACUCGGCGCUGCAGAGCAAACCGCCUCAGCACCGACGCGGCGAGACAGCAGAGAAACACCAGCAGCCUCAGUGCGGCUCUCCACUGCAGCCACUAGAGGGCACCAAACCCCCUAUAACUCCUGCGAAAGACUGCAUGCACACUGCAGUGGAAAACAGAGGUGUCCACUGCACUGCUCCAGUUCAAAACGGACUUCCUUCACCCGGUGGCCGUCCUCAUCCAAAAAGCUCCUACUCACCUCUUCCCCACAUCCAUCUAGGAAACGGCUUAGGUCCGUCUUGGCCCAGCGACCUUCCACAUUACAGUUUACUGCCGGGGGACUCUGCUAACAAACGUUCUGUCGGAGAUCUUCAGUUCAAGGGAGAGCUAAAUGGAAAUCCUGGACUAACUGGCCUUAAUUCAAGGGGAACCUCGACUAAAGACUGUAGGAACUGGGUGGAAAGGACAAAUCAAGUAAUGCAAGUGUUUCCUCCACAGAAAAACUCACACCUCAUCUCACCUGACUCGCCUCCCCUCCCGCCCAACAACCCGUCCGUCCUCCCGCCUCCUCUGCCCCUCAAGUCUCGUGACUUGAUGCCCCUGGACUCGCCCCCACCAACACUCCCCCAACUGGUGGACCGACCGUCUGAUUCACCGCCCCCGCUGUGCCGCAGUGGCACAGCUCGGGUCAGCUUCAGAGAACCAAUCAGCAGCAGCUACUCUGUCGAUGGGGACGAGGAUGAGAAGGAGCCAGAGCUGCCAGAGGGUGAGGAGGACCAGCAGGAGGAAGAGGAGGCGGAGGGAGGUUUCGGAAGCAGGUUGCAUCUACAGAAGGGCAUCCCACCGCAGAUGGAUCUUCUGGAUGGAUCCUCUUACCACCAGCGGAGUCUGCGGCGAGGGUGGAGCCAUUGCCGCAUCCCCUCUGACCCGGCUCUCCACUCGGGAGCAGAGAGGCGUUCCAGACACUCGCGGCCCGAAAGGCCUCGGCUGGACCUGCUGGACUGGAGAGGCGAGAAAGAGAGAGACAAGCGGGGCUCUGCCGUCGCCUCCUCGCUGAGCCUCCAGCAGGGCCCGUGCAAACAUGAAGACUCUUGCUCUACUUGCUCUUCAUCCUCAGACUCAGAGGAAGAGGGCUUCUUCCUGGGAAAGCCCAUACCUCUGCCCCCACAGCUCCGAAAGCAGCAACCCGAGGAGGGCAAAGACAGAGAGGGAGACGAGGAGAGGGAGGUGCAGAGAGACUGGGGGCUGAGAGGCAGCAUAAGGCGGAGAAGAGCUCACAGCCUCAGCGCAAAGGACAAAGAUAAAAACUGUGCUAUCUCCUAACCCCGAACGUCACAGCAUUGUUAUUUUCUAAAUUAUGGUGCACAAGAAGAACUAAUGGCCCCUCAUUACUCUGGUAUUCAAGUUUCAUGCUGUGAUGUAGAGUUAAAUCCAACACACAUGUGCAGACUUUUCCACAUAGUUCCAGACUUACUACUUAGCAGAAGAAAGCACAAUAAAUCUCAGAAAGGUCACUAACUUUAACGUAACCGUAUUUACAUUUGUUUGUUUGAGAUGUUACAUUGUACAAAAUGUGAGUGUAUGAAUCCUGUGAGAAGCGAUGAAUGUGGAAUGAUUAUUGUUUGGAUUAUAUUGUAACAUCCAAGAGAGGACUCACUCUUUGAACACAAACUGUCGUGAGGCUGAAGUGAAAUGUAACUUCUUUUUAUCAUCGCCAUCAUUUACAUACGUAAACUUACAGUAGCACACGUGACCGACGGCUCAUUCCUUUAUCUUGGUUUGUAAAAUAAAAUAUUAAAAUAUAUCUUAUUUUGUUUAACCCUACUGUAACCACUCUCUGUGCUCUUAUGUGCAAUUUGUAUAUGGCUGUAAUAUAUUACAGUUAUGAAUACUAAAUGGCCAAAUAUUAUGGGAUGGACUAUGACGAACUGUGGUAGUUUUAUGAGUGGUUACAUUUGUUAUGUGUGUCCAAACGAAAUACUGCAAAGUUUGUAUACAUUCAUGUCUUUGAUCAAAAAAAACGCUUGUAUGACUAUAAGGUCGUUUAUUUUUAUAUAUUUGGUGUAGGUCGCUGUUCUUUCUAGUUUUAUCUCGGGUAAAAGGAAGAGAUUAUAAUUCCAGUUUCUGUUUCUCAGAUUAUGUUAAGACAAUUUUAUGUUGAUAUUAAAUUUGUCUAAAGUGUUGGUCUUGCCGUGUACUUUUAUUCCACACUCCACACAUACCGAAACAUUCAACAUGGACCUUUGAACAGCU